AUGGCGAACACAACCGUCGACAUGGAGAAGCAACCGCUCCUCGAAGAGCAACCGCAGGAAGCGCCAGAGCAGGAGCCGACCCUCCAAGAGCUCCAGCAGCAGGUCCGCGAAGCGCAGAGGCGAUACUUCAAAGCCUGGUCCAAAUCAACAUCUGGGAAGUGGAACAAACGCAUCAUGAUCGGGACGACAUUCCUAGUUACCAUGUUUAUGGUCUUCUGCUUCGGCGUGGUCGUGACCGACUCCUUGACGGACGACGGCGAAGUCUGGCAUUAUCCAGCCAGAGUCCCGCUGGAAGCACACAUCAUGAGCAAAUGCCCCGACGCAAAGGACUGUCUCCACGACAUGAUCUUGCCCGCGAUGCAGAAUAUCUCGGACAAAGUCGACUUCAAACUCUCCUACAUCGGAACCAACACCGCCGACGACGACGGCGUCCUCUGCCAACACGGCUCGGAAGAAUGUCUCGGCAACAUAAUCGAGCUCUGCGCCGCCCACCUCUACCCGAACCCCAAGACCUACCUCGGCUUCACCAUGUGCAUGAGUCGCCAAUACGACGAUAUCCCGAAGCAGACUCUGGUCGAGGACUGUGCGCUCGAACACAGCGUCUCGAUGGAUAAGCUGAACUCGUGCAUUGAUAGGGACGAAGGGCGUUUUGCGACGGACAUGCUGCGGGAAAGUUUUAACCGGACGAAGAAUGCUGAUGUGUCGAAGAGUUGCACGGUGCGGUUGGAUGGUGAGGUGAGGUGUGUAAGGGAUGGUGGGGAGUGGAAGAUGUGUGAGGGUGGGCAUUCGGCGGAGGAUUUGGUGGCGGAUGUUAUGAAAUUGUAUCAGGCGCAGUGGGAGUAUUAG